AUGUUGGCUGGUUGGUCAUCUAAUUCUAACUCUCUGGAAAAAACCUGUAAAAUGUUGCUGUUCAGUACUGUGGGAAGCAGAGUGAAGGGGAGAGAGGAGGAAGGGGAAGGAGAAGAGGAAGAAGUGAAAGGGAGACAGAGGGAGGAGAGGGAGACAGAGGGAGGAGAGGGAGACAGAGGGAGGAGAGGGAGAGGGAGAAGAGAGGGGGAGAGGGAGAGAGAGGGAGGAGAGGGAGGAGAGGGAGAGGACAGGGAGAGAGAGAGGAGAGUGAAAGGGAGUGAC